ACCCACACUUUCAUCUCACAACAACAACAACAAUGAACUCUCUUUCAACAACUUUGUUCUGUGCUGUUCUUGUAUUUGUAGUCUCACCUUUCUCCUCAAAUGCACAACUUGAUCCCUCCUUUUACAAAAACACUUGUCCAAACGUUAGUUCCAUUGUCCGUGAAGUCAUAAGAAAUGUUUCCAAGACAGAUCCCAGAAUGCUUGCUAGUCUCGUCAGACUUCACUUCCAUGACUGUUUUGUUCAAGGUUGUGAUGCAUCAGUUUUGUUGAACACAACUGAUACCAUUGUGACCGAACAAGACGCUUUUCCGAAUAUCAACUCUUUACGAGGCUUAGAUGUUGUCAACAAAAUCAAAACUGCUGUAGAAACUGCUUGUCCUAACACUGUUUCUUGUGCUGAUAUUCUUGCCCUUGCAGCUGAAUUAUCAUCUACACUGUCACAAGGUCCGGAUUGGAAAGUUCCAUUAGGAAGAAGAGAUAGUUUAACAGCAAACCAAUCACUUGCUAAUCAAAAUCUUCCAGCUCCAUUCAACACAUUAGAUCAACUCAAAGCUGCAUUUGCCAAACAAGGCCUUAAUACUACAGACCUAGUUGCUCUUUCUGGUGCUCAUACAUUUGGAAGAGCUCACUGCUCUUUAUUUGUUAGUAGAUUAUACAACUUCAGCAAUACUGGAAACCCCGAUCCAACUCUUAACACAACAUACUUAACGCAAUUGCGCACGCUAUGUCCCAACGGUGGAUCUAGCAAUAACCUUGCUAAUUUUGAUCCAACGACUGCGGAUAAAUUUGAUAAGAACUAUUACUCUAAUCUUCAAAGUAAGAAGGGUUUGCUUCAGAGUGAUCAAGAGUUGUUCUCAACAAGUGGUGCAGAUACUAUUAGCAUUGUGAACAAGUUUAGUGCUGAUCAAAAUGCUUUCUUUGAGAGCUUUAAGGCUGCAAUGAUUAAGAUGGGUAAUAUUGGUGUGUUGACUGGGAAACAAGGAGAGAUUAGAAAACAGUGUAACUUUGUUAAUUCAAAAUCUGCAGAACUUGGUCUUAUCAAUGUGGCUUCUACGGAUUCAUCUGAGGAGGGUAUGGUUAGUUCAAUGUAGAUGUAGUGAUUGGAGGAAACUAAUAAAGAGGUUGUAAUUGGGCACAUUCAUGGUAUGUGUCUUUUAGUUAUUAUUAUGUACUUUGUGAGGGAAAGUCUUUGUCUAUUUGAAGUGUUUUGGAUGUAUAUUUGCAAGUGCAUUGUAUAAUCUAGUAGUAAGUAAUUAAAAUAUCAUUGUUUUCUCAUG